UGAAACGAGAGGCGGAUGCACCUCUGCUUUUCCGGGCCUUUAAGUGGCAUUAGUUCACAUUAAGCAGAGGGCCAAUUAACUUAUAGCCUCGUCUGCUCUGUCAUUACAGUUUUAUACGAUUUGUGUGCAAUUCUCGAUCGUAAACUUUAAUGGCGUUGGUAUGGCCUUAGUAUGGGAAUGAAGCGAUCCAUUAGUAUUAAUGAUUUAAAUACUGGUCGCAACGUAGUUUUUUUUUUUUUGUUUGUUUGUUUUUUUCCUGUUAACCUCACCAAAUCAGAAGUUCCCAAUAACAUUAGUUUUGCGAAAAACAGGCAACAUUUGUUGCUGUGAGGAUUGGAGUAAGUUUGCAGUGCUAAUGAUUAAUUUGCACAACCAAAGUAGUGAAUAAUUCUUAUGUUUAUGGCAGGUAGCCGCAGUCUGAGGUGGGUGCGCUGGCAGUGAGCUAGAUACUGAAAAUACAAUUGGCCAAUCUUCUAAUGUACGUCCGCGCUUUGAUGCAGUUGAAGGUGUUUGCGGGCGGGACAGGGGUUGGACAUUACCUCACUCUGAAUGCUUUCUGGGGGGAGAAACGAGCGAGUAAUUAGCUGAUUAGAGGCCCGUCAGAGCAGCUCAGCCUCCAGCCAAUCCCAGCGCACCGCGGGCCGCUGAUGGAGAGGGACACAUACCUCUGUGGUGUGUGUGAAGGACGUAUUUGCGGAGUCACACGUGUAGGUAAAGAAACGGAUGGAGGGAUGCAUAUGCGAAAGUCAGUCUUUUAGAAACCGACAGAAAGUAGAGGCAUUAACACGUUUACAACGUAUUAGUGAAGCGCAACCGUGUCUGUGUUGAUUUCUAUAUAAAGAUAAGGAGAACAUAUGAGUUUGUGACUGAAGAGGUUCCGCUGUCUGCGCGCUGAAGCACGGAACAGGUGCGCGUCCGCGAAGCUUUUUUUUUUUUUUUUUUUUUUUUCUUGGAGACUUCGUAGUGUCACUUCUGGGCGAAGUCGACAUGGAGAAAUCGAAAAACUUCAGAAUUGACGCUCUUCUCGCCGAUGAGACGAACCGGGGCUCCCGGGACCUGUCCCCAAGUCUGAGCAACGACAGCCCCACUGGCAGCCCGAUCUCCUGCCGCCGUGCGGACACCCCAUCUCCGCGGGGCCCGCAACUUCAGACCGGAAUAAUCCCCAAGCCCAGCGUCCUAAACCUCCCACACCCAGGACUCGCCUCACUGCCCCACGGAGCAAUCCCCGGCAUGUAUCCCGCACCCAUGUACCCGCUGUCGGCGUUGGGUGGACAGCACCCCGCGUUUGCGUACACCGGUUUCACGCAGCUAACACACACCUACCCGGAGCACCUGAAGGCGGCUGCGAUGGCUGGAUCUCUUCCCCUGGAGCACUGGAUCCGCGCCGGGAUCAUGAUGCCUCGACUGCCAGAUUAUAGCUCGGGCCCCCAGUCCGGCCUGUUGGGGAAAUGCAGGAGGCCCCGCACCGCCUUCACCAGCCAGCAGCUCCUGGAGCUGGAGAACCAGUUCAAACUUAACAAAUACCUGUCCAGACCCAAGCGCUUUGAGGUGGCCACCUCACUCAUGCUGACCGAAACGCAGGUCAAGAUCUGGUUCCAGAAUCGGAGGAUGAAGUGGAAGCGCAGCCGGAAGGCGAAGGAGCAGGCCACCGCCUCCACCCAGUCUGAGACAGAAAGACUACGAAGCGGAGGGAAAACAGCCAGCAGCAAAUCCGAUGAGAACCGACGAGUCGCGACUCCGGACGACAGAGGGGUGGACCUCAGCCUGGAGGACGGAGAAGAGGACGAAGAGGAGGAGGAUGAGGAGGAAGAGGAAGAGGACGAGGAGGAAGCCCAGCACCGUUUUCCUGUUGCCAUGGGUAACAGAGUCGGGAUGCCGCGAUCCACAGACUUCUUGCAGCGGAGUAAGGGCGUCGACUUUAAUCCCCACAGCUCUUUCUCUGAUGAUGAGCUGGAUGGGGUGCAAGUAGGUGGAGGGGACAGGAAGAUCGGGGCCGGACUGUGAAAAGACACCAUGAAAACACUGGUUUCCUGAGCAUCACAGAGACAUUACAGCAGGAAAAAAAGGUGUUUUUCAUCAUCAGAGGAGACCUAAAGAUCUUUGUCUGGUUUGCUCAUUGAAUGUUUUUUUCCAAUAAGGACAUUUGUUGGAAUUGGACAGAAACACAUUCAAGAUCACAAUGCAUAUCUUGUUUAUCUGUUUAUCUGUAAAUUAAAAAAAAAACAUCUCUGUACAUUUUGUAGCAUGCGGAAAAAAAGGUGCUCAUCUCCUCUCUCAUUUUUUAUUUUUUUUGCUGGCGUCAUGAGUAACCUGCCGAUCACCUUCUGGUAACCUUGUGUUUUGCUCUGUCCCACGACAGCUUGAGCUCCACCCAGUCGACACACACGCUUCCACAAAUGAGAGAUGUUUAGCGAAGUGAGACAAGUGAACUGUCAUGUACUAUCCUCUUCAUCAUGAAGGUAAACUCGCUGUGUUGUGGCUGAAGAAACAGUUAAAUCUAAGGAACAUCUGCUUUUUUGGACGCUUCCAGUUCCGAUGCUUUGCAGACCGUCGCCCCAUGUCUCGCAUUUACUUUUGUGCAUUUUAUGUGAAUAUCGAUGUUUUCUGUUUUUGCUGAUGUCUAUGAAUUUGUUCUCGUUGCUUACAUGUAAGUGAAUUAUCUUAAUUUAUUCGAAUGUUUGCAAAGAUGAAUCACAUGUGUAUUUAUCCCAAACCUGUUUGUGGUGUAACUGUGAAAUAAAAUAAUGUUCACAAAAGAACAAUGACAAAAAAAAGAUUUCUUGAUUAAUAUGUCACAUUAAAAAAAAGAGAGAUAUUAAAAAUAGCCUUUCUUCAAACGUCAA